AUGGCAUUAAUUAAAGGAGAUAAAUCUUCAUCAAAAUAUAAUCAAGAAGUUGCAAAUAAUAAUGAAAAUGAAACUCGACCAACAACAGCUGUUGCCGAUCCUAAGAGUAAAUGGUUACCAGCACAUGCUGAUUUCGUUGCAGGAAUCAAUACAGUUGAAACAUGUAUGGAACUUGUAGAUUUAUUUGCGGAAGGUUCAGUUAAUUUAGUUAUUGCGGAUUUUGGAAAUAUUCUUUUAAUGCCAAAACUACAAACAAAAUUAAAAGUUUUUAAAGGAUUUUCAUUACUUAAAGAAAAUAAUCUUACAGAUUUACCAUGUGCUGUUGUUGCUUGUUAUAUGGAUACUCUUCAACCAAGAAUUCCUGCAUUGGCUGUUGCAUCUGGUUCAGCAGUAUUUCUUUUUAAAUCUCUCCGUCCUUAUUAUAAAUUUGUAUUACCUCAAUUAGAUAUAGCUCAAGUAGAAAAAGAUGUUUGGCUUAAAGCUCGAGAGGGUAAUAUUGAUAUUCAAGCAAUGCAUGAUGUUCUUAAUGAUCUUCAUCGUGCUGGCACUACUACUUUAACACAUCGAUCAUACAUGUUUUUACAAAUAUCAAACAAUAAUGAAGCACAUCAAUUCGUUGAACAUUAUAAAAAUAUUGAAUUAAAACAACAGAGUUGUAUAACAUGUAUGAAAAAAUUAAAUAAAAAUUCAGCUGAUGAGGAUGCACUUAAUUGUCUUGUUAUUGGUACUGAGGAUCAACAUAUUUAUAUAAUUGAAUCUGAAGCAUUUACAAUACUUGCUACAAUGAAUUGUCCUGCAACUCCAUCAUUUCUUGAUGUAUCCGGUGUUUAUGAUGUUGAAUUUCGAAUAUUAGCUGCUUGUCGUAAUGGAUAUAUAUAUUUAUUUCGAAGAGGUAAUCCACAACCACGAAAUGCAAUUUAUUUAAAUUCAAUUGCUGUUGGUAUUGAACGUUUUGGUAAAAAUAUAAUUGUCGGUUGUAUGGAUUCAUCAUUACAUUGUUAUACAACAAAAGGUAAACGUUAUUGGAGACAUAUAUUACCAGCUCAAAUAACUGCAAUGUGUCAAAUUGAUUAUCGUCCAAAAGAUAAAUUUCUUGUUGAUGUUAUUCAAAUUGAAGAAAAUGUUUAUGCAAUGAAAUUUGGACGAUUAGGACGAGAAGAUGCAACAUUAGUAAUGAUUACAAAAAAUGGUGGACUUGUAAUAAAAAUUCUAAAACGUACAGCAGUCUUUGAAGAAAAUGAUGUUCUUCAUGGUCCACCAAAAGAACAACAAGUUAAAAUCGAUGUACCAAAACGAACAAAACUUUACGUUGAUCAAACAUUACGUGAAAAAGAACAAGCAGAAAAUAUGUAUCGAAUAUUUCAACAAGAUUUAAUUCGUUUAAAAUUAUUAACUGGUAAAGAAUUUCUUAAAUCAGUUCAAGCUGGUUUAAAUCCAGUUGCUAAAACAAAAACUGAAACUAUACGAAUUAAUGCUGAAGUACAUGGUCUUGGUCCACGUUUUAAAUUAACUGUUAAACUUCAAAAUACAUCAUCAAUAUCAUUAUUACCAAUCAUUGAUCUAUUUCUAUCAUUUACAUAUGAUGAGAAUAUUUAUAAUCUUAAUCCAAACUAUGUUGAGAUUCCAAUUCUUAUCAAUGGAAUUGAAUAUGGUUUUUGUUCAUUUGUUACAUGUAUUACAGAUAAAGCUAUAUCGGAUAUAAUUAAAGUAUUUGUUUGUCGACGUGAUUCAACUGUACCAUUAAUAUCUGCAGUUAUUAAUAUGCCAGUUGCUGAACCAAAUAUUUCGAUAUAA